AUGGGGACGCGGUUCAGAAAUGCAAAGCCAUAUCUGCUGUUAUUGGCAGUUCAAUUUGGCUCUGCGGGCAUGUUCAUUUUUGCCAUGGAUGCUAUCAAGAAGGGGAUGAGCCAUUAUGUUUUCAUUGUGUAUCGUAAUGCCAUCGCUUCUGUAACUCUCGCUCCCUUCGCAUUUGUUCUUGAAAGGAAAGUUAGGCCAAAGAUGACUGUGCGGGUAUUUUCAGAGAUCAUGGCACUGGCUUUCUUCGAAAUAAUACUGGAUCAGUGCUUUGCCCUUUUGGGCAUGAAAUUCACGUCAGCAUCUUUCCUAUCUGCUGUGAUGAACUCCGCACCCUCCAUUACUUUUGUCAUGGCUGUUAUUCUAAGAUUGGAGCACAUGAAGAUUAAUGAGAUAGCAUGUCAAGCCAAAGUAAUUGGCACAGUAAUAACUUUCGGAGGCACCUUGUUAAUGGCACUGUACAAAGGCCCCGUACUUAGUUUUUUGGGAUCAUCAACCAACCAUGUCGCACAGCCUGAGAACACCAGCAAUCCUACAGGCAACCAUUGGAUCAUAGGGACAUGUUUCCUCCUCAUUGGUUGUGCUGGCUUCUCUGCAUUUUACAUAUUGCAAGCCAUAACAUUGAGAAAAUACCAAGCAGAGAUGUCCUUGGCCACUUGGGUUUGCUUCGUAGGUGCACUUCAAAGCUCUGUUGUAGCAGUCUUCGCAGAGUGGCACCAACCUCGUGCUUGGUCCCUUGGUUGGGAUACAAGACUUUUCGCUCCUGCUUAUGCGGGAAUAGUUACAUCUGGAGUCCAGUAUUACAUACAAGGCAAGGUCACAAAAGUUAUGGGCCCCGUUAUUGUGACUGCUUUUAAUCCCUUGCGUAUGAUCAUUGUCUCGGCCUUGGCCUGCAUCAUCUUAUCUGAGCAACUCUACCUUGGAAGCAUUAUUGGAGCAGUAGUUGUGGUUUUUGGGCUUUAUCUAGUUGUGUGGGGAAAAUCUAAAGAAUGCAAAGGUCGAUUGGCACCGUCCCCUACAGAGGAUAACUCUACACAGGACCAACAGCAGCUACCGGUAACAGUUCCCAAAAACGAUAUUAGUGAUAGUAAUGCUAAAGUAGACCUUCACUGUAAUGAAAGAAACGAUGUGGUGGCCACAAUAUCAAAAUGA